AUGGAAGCCGAUGAGCGCGACAUCGAACGAGCCGAAACCGAGAAGGAACAGGGAGGCGCCGCGGGACAAGCUGAGAAAGACCCGAACCUGGUUGAAUGGGAUGGCCCCGACGACCCGGGCAAUCCCCAGAAUUGGCCGGUGUGGAGGAAAUGGGUGAUCACCAUGUCGCUCUCAUCGAUGACCAUGUGGAUCACCUUCGCCAGCAGUGUCUUCUCGACCGCCACGAUCGUCACAGCCGAGGAGUUCCAUACCUCCACUGAGGUCAUGAUGCUGGCAACCAGUCUGGUGGUCUUUGGUUUUGCUGUCGGUCCGCUCGUUUGGGCGCCGCUCAGCGAGCUGUAUGGUCGCAAGCUGCCCCUGUUCUUUGGCUACGCGGUGUUUGCGAUCUUCCAGAUUCCCGUCGCCCUCGCGCACAACCUCGAGACCAUCCUGAUCUGCCGCUUCUUGAUCGGCAUCUUUGGCUGUUCUCCCCUGGCCGUGGUCGCCGGCGCCCUUGCCGACUUCUGGGACCCCGUCGAUCGUGCUGUCGCCGUGGCCUUGUUCUCCAGCGCGACCUUUAUCGGCCCCGUAGCCGGGCCCAUUGUCGGUGGUUUCAUUGUCGAUUCAUCUCUAGGCUGGCGCUGGACUGCCUGGAUCACACUCAUCACCUCGGGCUUCUUUGGGCUCAUUGCCUUCGUUAUCGUGCCGGAGACUUAUGCUCCGCGACUUUUGCAGAAGCGUGCCGCUCAACUACGCAAGGAGACCGGGAAUGAGGCCCUGCACUCCUUCAUGGAUGUACACAAGCCAAGCUUCCACGAUAUCAUUACGAGAUACAUUCUGCGCCCGCUUCAGAUGCUCGUGCUCGAGCCUAUCCUGCUUCUCAUCACGCUCUACCUGGCUCUCGUCUACGGUAUCCUCUACCUCUUCUUCGAGGCCUACCCGAUCGCCUUUGAGGAGGUCCGUGGCUGGACGAGCGAGGGUGUCGCUGCGCUGCCCUUCCUCUCCAUCAUGAUUGGCGUGCUUCUGGGUGCAGCCCUCAUCAUCUACCUGACCAAGACCCGGUUCGCCGCCAAGCUGAAGAAGCAUGGCCGCGUGGUCCCCGAGGAGCGCCUGGUGCCCAUGAUGAUCGCGUCUGUCCUGCUGCCCGUGGGCCUGUUCUGGUUUGCCUGGACGUCCAAGGCCAGCACCAACUACUGGCCCCAGGUGAUUGCGGGCGUGCCCAUCGGGAUGGGCAUCCUGGUCAUCUUCAUGCAAGGCUUGAACUACAUUGUCGACGUGUAUCUGAUGUUCGCCAACUCGGCCAUCGCCGCCAACACGCUCAUCCGAAGUGGUCUGGGUGGUGCGUUCCCCCUGUUCGCCACCCAAAUGUACGACGCCCUCGGCGUCGACUGGGCGACCAGCCUGCUCGGCUUCAUCACCGUUGCCAUGAUCCCCAUCCCAAUCCUGUUCUACAUCUACGGCAAGAAAAUCCGCGCGAUGAGCAAGUUCGCCCCGAAGUUUUGA